GUCAAAGUCGUCUUUCUUUUUUCCUUGUCGAGAGUUUUGCUUCUUCAUCUAAAAGAUCUAUACAUCUUCCCCAAGUAGAUAUGUUUCAUAAGCCUAACCUAACAUUCUUCCCCUCAUUCGCGUAGGAUCUGUUCUUCCCAAAACGACUCAUGCCGUCCAUUCGAUUCGGAAUAUAGUUGUAGAGGAGAUUUCAUUUCUAAUCAAUUUCUUCGGUGAUGAGUUCCACCGCGGCAUCUUCCACCGUCGGAGGAGGCGGAUCGUCUGAGAUUUCCGGUGUCAAAAAAACCUCCAAGCGACCAAAAUAUUCUAGGUUUACUCAGCAAGAGCUUCCAGCGUGCAAGCCAAUUCUUACUCCAAGAUGGGUGAUCUUGACAUUUCUUGUCGCUGGGGUUGUCUUCAUUCCCCUUGGAGUGAUCUGCUUAUUUGCUUCUCAGGGAGUAGUCGAGAUUGUUGAUCGAUAUGACACAGACUGUAUUCCAACAUCUUCUAGAAACAACAUGGUCGCUUACAUACAGGGUGAAGGAGAUAAGAUCUGUAAGAGAACAAUAACGGUGACAAAAGCUAUGAAGCAUCCUGUCUAUGUAUACUACCAACUUGAGAAUUUCUACCAAAACCAUAGACGGUAUGUGAAAAGUCGAAACGAUGCACAACUAAGAAGUCCAAAAGAAGAGCAUGAUGUGAAGACCUGUGCACCUGAGGAUAAUGUGGGUGGAGAACCAAUUGUGCCAUGUGGUCUUGUUGCUUGGAGUUUGUUCAACGAUACUUAUAGCUUUUCAAGAAAUAGCCAACAACUUCUUGUGAAUAAGAAAGGUAUCUCAUGGAAGAGUGACAGAGAAAACAAGUUUGGGAAAAAUGUCUUCCCUAAAAAUUUUCAGAAAGGAGCACCAAUAGGCGGUGGAACUCUUAAUAUUUCUAAACCGUUGAGUGAGCAAGAAGACCUCAUAGUCUGGAUGCGAACCGCGGCUUUGCCAACGUUUAGGAAGCUGUAUGGGAAGAUUGAGACAGACCUACACGCGGGUGAUACCAUAACGGUCUUGUUGCAGAACAACUACAACACUUACAGCUUCAAUGGGCAGAAGAAGCUAGUGCUGUCAACAACUAGCUGGCUCGGCGGAAGGAAUGAUUUCCUCGGGAUUGCUUAUCUGACUGUAGGCAGUAUUUGCUUGUUCUUGGCUGUUACAUUUGCCGUAUUGUAUCUAGUUAAGCCAAGGCAACUCGGAGACCCCUCGUACCUUUCGUGGAACAGAAGUGCUGGAGGUUUACAGUAAUAGAGCCCUUCGAGCAUCAGGCGUUGAUCCCUCCAUCGUCAAACGGCGUAGUUUUGGCUUAGCUAACAAAAGAGAAAAAACGAAAAUAAGUAUAUAGUUCGUUUAUAAUUUUGAUAUUGUUGAAAACAAACGUUUGUGUUUUGUCCUGUUGUUGUUAAGAUACUAGCCAGUAAAUGGUGUUUAGAAAAUAAUGUAAAUGAAUUACAGUUGGAAAUUGCAAAAUAAGCAGAGAAUUUUGUUCAGUCUUUAGAUUUAAUCAUAUGUUCUUCAGUUCUUGUAAUAAUCUCAUAAAAGUAGUUUUUUGUUG